UCUAGAUCAGUUUAGCGAACAGCGGAGAAAGUAGCAAAUCGAAGGGAAUUGAAGAUGGACAGAGAAUGGGGUUCGAAGCCGGGCAGUGGAGGUGCUGCCUCCGCCCAGAACGAGGCCAUCGACCGCCGGGAGCGUCUCAGGAGGCUCGCCCUCGAGACUAUCGACAUCGCCAAGGAUCCCUAUUUCAUGCGGAAUCAUCUCGGCAGCUAUGAGUGUAAGCUGUGCUUGACGUUACACAACAAUGAAGGGAACUACUUGGCGCACACUCAGGGGAAGCGGCACCAGACCAAUUUGGCCAAGAGAGCUGCCCGCGAGGCCAAGGAUGCCCCUGCUCAGCCUCAGCCCCACAAGCGAAAAGUCUCCAUACGCAAGAGUGUUAAAAUUGGUAGACCUGGAUACCGGGUGACGAAGCAAUUUGAUCCGGAUACCAAGCAGAGGUCUCUUCUUUUUCAGAUUGAAUAUCCAGAGAUCGAGGACAAUGCAAAACCAAGGCAUCGAUUUAUGUCAUCAUAUGAGCAGAGAGUUCAACCCUUUGAUAAGAGAUACCAGUAUCUACUGUUUGCAGCUGAACCAUAUGAGAUCAUUGCCUUCAAGGUCCCUAGCACAGAGAUUGACAAAUCCACUCCCAAGUUUUUCUCUCAUUGGGAUUCAGACUCAAAAAUGUUCACAUUGCAGUUAUAUUUCAAAACCAAGCCCCCAGAGACCAACAGACCUCCAUCAGCCCCUGCAGCUAAUGGCAUGGAACCUUCAGGUGGCCCACCGCCGCAAGCUCCACCACCACCGCCUCCACCACAAGGAUUACCACCGGGAGCUCCUAGAGCCCCUCCACCACCAAUGCCUGGAUCUUUACCUCCGCCGCCUCCUCCCAUGGGUAAUGGCCCUAGACCUAUGCCUCCUGGUGGAGCCCCACCUCCUGGUGGUAGUGGAACAAUGGCUAAUUUCACAGCUGGGGGGAUGCCUCCACCGAUGCCGCCAACGCAGGGUUUUCCGGGCCAACAGAUGCAGGGCCAAGGCAUUCGUCCUCCCCCACCUCCUCCCAACAUGGGAUAAUAGGGUCCCUGGCAUUACUUAGGGAAGCACAUCUUUAUAUGGAUAUGGAGCCAAGUUGAACUAUUGGUGCGUUUUCUCUAAUCAACGAACUGUCCAAUGAAUUCAGUAUAUUCGUGAUCUGAUAUGUUAGCAAAUUAAUAUGUACCGUUUGUUUGCUUCCUUCUGCAUUAUGAUGUUAUUUUCGCAAAUAAGUGUGUUGAGAUCCUGAAGUGGCUAGUAUGCCUCUUCUUCUUUUCUUU